ACGUGCUUUUUAUUUCUUUAAAUUUUUUGAGUUUUAGGAAAUUUUGUUUUUGAAAUAAAACAAUUAGGUAUAAAUAUAAACUUUUAAAUAAGCUAUUUUUUAAAAUUAUGAUUGAAGAUAUUGAAAUAAUUAUUGGCACAUACGAGGAGUUCCUUCUUGGAUAUAAAGCUAAAUUCAAAAAUGAUCAAUAUAUGCUAUUACCAACAUUUUCUUCAAAGUCGCACACUGCAUCCGUUCGAGCCGUUGCUGUUUCGGAAAAAUAUUUAGCAUCUGGAGGUGCAGACGAUAAGAUAUUCAUUUUCGAUAUGAAACAACGAAAAGAAGUUCAAAUAUUAAUUAAUCACACUGGAACGAUAAACACAUUAAAAUUUACGCCAAAUUCAAAGCAAUUAUUAUCUGGCGCUGAAGAUGGCCGUAUGCUUGCCAUUCGUGUAGGGUCUUGGAAUAUUGAUGGCAAUUGGGAAAAAGCACAUGAUGGAUCAGCAGUUAAACAUAUAUCAUGUCAUCCAAGUGGUAAACUUGUGCUGUCAUUAGGGCAAGACUUUGUUGCCAGAACGUGGAAUUUAUUAACUGGCCGUUGUGUUUUUAAAACUAAUCUGAAAUCAAAAGAGCACUUAGGAAAAUCACCAGAGUGCAUUGAAUGGUCACCUAAGGGCAAUUAUUUUCUUUUGUCGGGCUUAAGAGUUGUUGAGCUGAUAAGUAUAGAAAAUAAAAAAACUGAAAAAGAAAUUAAAUUACAAUCAAAGCCAGUGUGUCUAUGUUGGAUUACUGAAGAAAGUUUUGCAAUUGGUUUAGAAAAUGGAAAGGUUAUUUUAUCUACAAUUCAUUUAAAAGAUAAAGAGAUAUAUACAGAAGUUGACGAAAAGCGUAUAAAAUGCAUUUCGCAUUGUAACAAUAUUUUGGCUACAGCAUCCAGCUCUGGAGAAAUAGCCCUGUGGAACAUAUCCAUUGAUAACCUAAGUCUAAAAAAAAUUACAUCAGUAAAUAUUGGCUGUAGGCCAACAUGUAUGGCGCUGUUAAAUUUACAACAUUUCAAAAAGGAUUAUUUGUUGACAGAAUCUGAAAUUGCAGAAGUGACGCCAAAAAAUAAAGAAACCACUGCAUCAAAAGCCACUUUCAGAAACUUACAGCAUGUUGCUGUCGAAUAUGAAGACAACUUAGAGUUGAAUAAUGUAAAAAUUAAUUCAAAUCAAGAAUCUUCUGAUACCGAUGAAAAUGUUGGCACUUUUGUAAGGAUAAAAAAAGAAAAUAUUCAAAAUAAAACCAGAAAAGGAAAUGAAAAAAUAAAGAAUAAAAAUAAAAAAAAGCUAAUAAAGAGACAUGAAAGUGGAAAGAUCAGUAAACGAAAAAACUUAAAAAAAAUUAAGAAAAAAAAGGAGAUAGAAUAUAUUUAAAUAAAAAAUAAAAUU